UUAAAAUAUGAAAUGAAAUUCAAUCUAUUUUUUGUUCUCUUGGCUACCUUUAUUACCAUUGCUUUAAUUCAUCCAUCAGCCGGAAGUGAAUGUAAAUUCCCUUGUUGCAAGAAUGAUGCUGAUUGCGGUUCCGGUCGUUUCUGUAGUAUUCGAACAUUUUGUUCUCCUGGUUGUGGUAGAUGCAUAGGCGGAAAGUAAAGUGUAUUUGGCGAAUAAAGAAAUGAUAGUGAGACG